UUAGGUUAACUGCAUUAUAAUGAUAGGUUGUGUAGUGUACCACUGCCAUCUAGUGGCAGAAGUUAAUAUCUGCUUUACUUACACAGAUAGUUUAUACAGACAGGAAGUGACCUUUGUUCCAGGAAGCUCUUACACCAUCUUGAGGUCAUUCUUCCACUGGGCAGGCAGCAUGUAUCUAUCUCUCCCAUGAGGUUUGGGACAUCAUCACCUUUUCACAGACUAAAAUAAAGUUGGAGUCCUCUGGUGGACAAUACAAGCAUGGGCUUCUGUUUACUGGAGUCUCUAACAAGUGUUUAGCUGUCCGUUUAGAACCACACAUAGUCAGUGUUUUGAGAGCGGAACAGUGAAAAGGUGAUAGCACAACAAGCCUGGAGAUAGGAGUUGCUGCACAGACAGAAUGAGUCUAAGAUCAGGAAGUCAGUAUAAUGCUGAAGAUCAGCUACCCGGGACACAGCAAGGCAGGGAGAGCGCGCCAAGUGUCCAGCAGGAUGAUGUACGCUCACGCUCAUCUAGAUCAGCAAGGUCCAGUCAGAUUUCAUCAGCAAGUGCCCUUUUUGCCAGGGCUCGCGCCAAAGCAGAGGCUACUCGCGUUCAGCUAGAAUUUGCUGAGAAAGAGGCUGCCAUUAUGAAGGAAAGAUCAGAGAAAGAGGCUGCCAUUAUGAAGGAAAGAUCAGAGAAAGAGGCUGCCAUUAUGAAGGAAAGAUCAGAGAAAGAGGCUGCCAUUAUAAAAGAAAAAACUGAACAGGAAGCAAAGUUGCAUAUUCUUCAACGUCAGUGUGCAGCCGCUGCUGCAGCAGCAGAAGCAGCAGCUUAUGCGGAUAUUGAGCGGUCUGGAAUGGAAUCUAUCCACGAAGGCCCAGAUGUGCCCGAGAAACCGCUUUCCUCUGCAGAACGCACUAGGGCGUAUGUCCAAGAUAUUUCAAGUGGCAGCUCAACAAUACCGUUUCUCAAUCCAAAGUCAGCUGAAUUUAAACCAAAACCAUCAGUACUCCUGAGCGCACGAAAACAAACCCAUGAGGCUGGCAGUACCAGAGUGAUAAAAGAAGAAUCCUCACCGCAGCAACCCAAACACCAGAGCAUGCAAGACGUCACUAAAUAUCUUAUCCGUAAAGAAAUGGUUAAUACAGGCUUCCUCAAGUUUGAUGACUGCCCAGAAAAUUACUGGGCAUGGAAGGCUUCUUUUCUGAAUGCAGUCAAAGACUUGGACUUAACAGCAGCUGAGACGCUAGACCUGAUGGUAAAGUGGCUUGGGUCUGAGUCUGCAGAGCAUGCAAGAAGGAUGCGCAGGAUACACCUAUUUAACCCUUCAGUAGGACUCGAUAUGGCCUGGCAAAGGCUAGAAGAAAGAUAUGGAUCACCAGAGGCAAUUGAAGGUGCUCUGAUGAAAAGACUGGAGUCUUUCCCUAAGCUAAACAGCAAAGACAAUUUAAAACUGCAAGAGCUGGGUGAUAUUCUUUUGGAAGUCCAGUGUGCCAAAGAAGAAGGUUAUUUAAGGGGACUUGCACAUUUAGAUACUGCCAACGGUACUAAGCCUAUAGUGGAGAAACUACCUCACCACCUGCAAGAGAAAUGGGUGAGUGUUGGAGCUAAAUACAAAGAAGAACAUGGUGUCCCCUUCCCCCCUUUCUUUGUGUUUUCUAGGUUUGUACAGCAGCAAGCUAAGACAACAGUUCCCUCUGAGGACCCAGGAGAUUCAAGCAGCUACAAGGUAAACACCUUUGAAGGCCCUGACAGACUUUGCCCACUUCAUAAAAAGCCCCAUCCUCUAAACAAGUGCAAAGGGUUCAAAAGUAAACCUAUCAAGGAAAGGUUAGCCUUUCUUAGACAAAACGGCAUAUGCUUCAAGUGUUGUGAAUCCACCAAACAUAUAGCUAAAGACUGCAAAAUACAAGCAAAUUGCUCAGAAUGUGGCAGUGACAGACACAUCUCAGCUCUGCACCCCAAUACUUUGCAUCAACCAUUAGAGGUCACUGAAACCCCAAAAGAUGAGGGCAGGGAGCAAAAAGAUAAAUCAGCUAUCCCAGUAAUGUCCAAAUGCACUGAAAUCUGUGGUGACAGUACAAAUCCACGCUCAUGUUCCAAGAUCUGCCUAGCAACAGUGUACCCCACAGGGAAAAGAGAAAAGGCAGUAAAGAUGUAUGUGGUUCUGGAUGAACAAAGUAACAGGUCGCUGGCAAGGUCAGACUUUUUUGAUGCCUUCAACAUUACAUCAAGGGCAGUUCCAUACACCCUAAAGACAUGUGCAGGAGUGAUAGAAACUUCAGGGAGAAGAGCUACUGACUUUACUAUUGAGUCUCUUGACAAGAGGAUCCAUCUCUCACUUCCCACUUUGAUAGAGUGUGAUAUGAUACCAGAUGAUAAAUCAGAGAUCCCUACACCAGAAGUGGCCCUUCAUCAUCCUCAUCUUAAUGCAAUAUCUCACCUUAUUCCAGCUGUCCAGACAGACGUCUCUAUUCUUCUACUUCUUGGAAGAGACAUUCUACAGGUGCAUAAGGUACGCCAACAAAUUAAUGGACCAUUUAAUGCCCCCUAUGCGCAAAGACUUGACUUGGGGUGGGUUAUAGUAGGAGAAGUUUGUUUGGGAGCAGCUCAUCGGCCUGACAGUGUCAACACUUCUAAGACAUCUGUGUUAACAAAUGGACGCACGUCCCUUCUCAGUCCAUGCCAAAACAGCUUUGUUGUUAAAGAAACCCUAAAACCAUACUGUGGCUCUCCUUCCAGUUAUGAUAGGAAUAUUAGUAGUGGUCUGAAGACCGACAAUUUAGGGAACUCAGUGUUCCAGAAGACAAAAGAUGAUGACAAACAAGCAAUGUCCAUAGAUGAUCAAACCUUUCUCCACAUCAUGGAUAAAGAGACUUUCCAAGAUAAGAACAACAAUUGGGUAGCCCCUUUACCUUUUCGCAAACCAAGGUGUUAUUUACCUAGUAACAGAGAGCAAGCCAUGAAGCGCUUAAACACACUACGCAAAACUUUGCAAAGAAAGCCUGAAGUGAAAAAAGACUUUACAGAAUUUAUCAAAAGGAUGCUGGACAAUAAUCAUGCUGAAUUAGCACCAUCACUGGAUAAAGGUAAAGAACACUGGUAUCUGCCAAUGUUUGGCGUUUACCAUCCACACAAGCCAGAUCAAAUAAGAGUUGUGUUCGAUUCCAGUGCUCAACAGGAAGGCAUUUCACUAAAUGAUGUACUGCUGAGUGGCCCAGACCUAAAUAACACACUUCUGGGUGUCCUCUUACGCUUCAGGAAGGAGCCUAUUGCCUUCACAGCUGAUGUGCAACAGAUGUUUUAUUGUUUUCUAGUGAGAGAGGACCAUCGAGACUACCUGCGUUUCCUGUGGUACAAGGAUAACGACAUAGAUAAAGAGGUAACAGAGUACAGAAUGAGAGUACAUGUUUUUGGUAAUAGCCCUUCCCCCGCUGUUGCCAUAUAUUGUAUGCGGAAAGCUGCCCAGAAAGGUGCAGAACGUUAUGGUCAAGAUGCCAAGCACUUUGUGAUGAGACAUUUCUAUGUAGAUGACGGACUUGCUUCAGCGAACACACCUGAAGGAGCAGUUAACAUUCUCAACAAAGCAAAACAAAUGCUGGCAGAGUCUAAUCUGCGACUACAUAAGAUUGCCUCUAACAGCAAACAAGUCAUGGAAGCUUUCACCGCAGAAGACAGAGCUAAAGACCUCAAAGACCUUUGCCUGGGAACAGACACCCUUCCAUUGCAGAAAAGUCUAGGCCUAAGCUGGGAUCUAGAUAAAGACUGUUUUGUGUUUCAGGUUUCUUCAGCAGAAAAGCCAUUCACAAGAAGAGGGAUCCUAUCCACUGUUAACAGUCUCUACGACCCUCUCGGGUUUGUGGCACCAGUCACCAUAAAAGGUAAGGCCUUAGUUCGUGAACUAUCAAGUGGAGAAAGUGAGUGGGAUGCCUUACUUCCACAAGAAAGACUCCAUGAGUGGGUCCAAUGGACAGAGUCUUUACAAGCCUUACAAUGUUUACAAAUAUCCAGGUGUUAUGUACCUCUUUCAUUGUCACAGGCCUGCAAAAAAGAACUGUACAUCUUUUCAGAUGCAUCUGUUAUAGCAAUAGGUGCCGUUGCUUACUUGAAGGUAAGCGAUGUAGGAAAUGUCUGCCAUGUUGGAUUUGUUAUGGGAAAAUCCAAGCUAAGUCCUAGGCCAGCACACACAAUCCCACGUCUAGAGUUAUGUGCAGCUGUACUAGCGGUUGAACUGUAUGAGCUGGUGAGAGACGAGAUAGACCUAGACCUAGAUGCUGUGAAAUUCUUUACAGACAGUAAAACAGUCCUAGGCUAUAUCUGCAACACUACAAAGAGAUUCUUUUUAUAUGUUUCUAAUCGGGUGAACAGGAUCAGACAAACAACACGUCCAGAGCAAUGGUUCUAUGUGCCCUCAGAACAAAAUCCUGCAGAUUAUGCUACCAGGCCUACACAGAUAACUUGCCUUCAGAACUCUAUAUGGUUUUCAGGGCCAACUUUUCUGUAUCAGACGGCUGUAGAUAGUCCUGACACCAAUGUUUACCCUUUAGUGGAGCCCGAAGCUGAUCCUGAAAUUAGGUCAGAAGUAGUAAGCUUCAGUACUAAAGCCCUUGACGCUAGACUGCAGCCACAUCGUUUUGUAAGAUUUUCGGACUGGAAGAGACUGAACAGGGUUAUAGCGAAGUUAAUCCAUGUUACCAAAAGCUUCCAAAAGAAACCUAAUGAUGAUCAACCUGGAAGUUGGAGAGUUUUCCAUGAAAGGGUUAGUUUAGAAGAACUUUCACUAGCCAAGAGAGUUAUAAUUUCUUCUGUACAGCGCACAUGUUUCAGGCAAGAAUAUGACUGUAUUGAACAGCAAAAGAUGCUUCCUAAACAUAGCCGUCUUACAAAACUAAGUCCCUUUAUAGAUCAAUAUGGAUUAUUGAGAGUAGGUGGUCGUUUAUCUUAUGCCACGCUGUCAGAUGAAGAGAAACAGCCUGUCAUCAUUCCUCACGAUCACUACAUUGCUACCUUGAUCAUAAGAUAUUAUCACAGUCAAACAGUACACCAAGGGCGACACAUUACUGAAGGUGCAAUCAGAGCUGCAGGAUUCUGGAUUCUUGGUGGAAAACGUCUAGUGUCUGCAAUCAUUCACAAAUGUGUUGUAUGCCGUAAGCUCAGAGGGAGAUUUGAAAGCCAAAAGAUGGCAGAAUUACCAAAAGAUAGAGUCAAUCCUGAACCUCCAUUCACUAGUGUGGGUGUUGAUGUGUUUGGUCCCUGGGAAGUUGUAACACGCCGAACUAGAGGAGGCAGCGCUGACAGCAAACGCUGGGCUGUUCUUUUCACGUGUCUUUCUAUAAGAGCAGUGCAUAUAGAAUUGAUUGAGUCCAUGUCAGCAUCCAGUUUCAUCAAUGCUCUGAGAAGAUUCUUUUCUGUGCGUGGUCCGGCUAAGUUGAUUCGCUCAGAUAGAGGUACGAACUUUGUAGGAGCAUGCAAGGAGCUGCAUAUAUGCUCAAAUGAUGCAGAACUUCUAGAUUAUCUCCAAGACAAAGGAUGUACAUGGCUCUUUAACACUCCACACUCAUCUCACAUGGGAGGUGCUUGGGAGAGAUUAAUUGGUGUGGCUAGACGAAUUUUAGAUGCAAUGUUGCUCCAAUCCAAACCCACUCGUCUGACUCAUGAGACUUUGAGUACUUUCAUGGCAGAAGUUAUGGCCAUCAUUAAUUCAAGACCUUUGGUACCAAUAUCUACAGAUCCAGAUAACCCAACAGUUCUUACCCCUGCUAUGCUCUUGACUCAAAAGAUAGACUCUUUAUCAGCCCCCUGUGGAGACUUUAGUACAACAGAACUUCAUGCAAAGCAAUGGAAACAAGUCCAAUGUCUGGCUGAUACAUUUUGGAAGAGAUGGAGGAGAGAUUACCUAUUUACCUUACAAAGUCGCAAGAAAUGGGCAGAGACUGGUCCCAAUGUCAAGGUGGGAAAUGUUGUGUUAUUGAAAGAUAUUCAAGAAAGCAGAAAUAACUGGCCUAUGGGAAUUGUCACAAAUACGUUGCCAAGUAAAGAUGGUAAUGUCAGAAAGGUUGAAGUAAAAGUCACGAAACAAGGGACUGUUAAAGUGUACGCCAGACCAGUUUCUGAUGUCAUUGUUCUCCUUUGAGUAUUUCUAUUCUGUUAUUGGCUCAAUACAUAACUAAGAGCUUGUCACUGAGAGUUUUCAAAUGUGACAUUUGCCACGAGCUGAAUUCCAUUCUGUGGAUUACAAAUGGGGUAGGAGAUAGUUUGGCCUAGUGCGGCUUCUCCUAUCUGAAGAUGGGUUUAUGGAUAGAACUAUUUCUUCAUGUGGAUUGCCAGCUUGGGGUGCCACAGCCAAGAGACACUGAUAUUGUGGACUUAUGUUAUAAUUUGUUACUAGUUCUGGUCAGGAACACAAUAUCUUAUUAAUAUGUUUUUCCCUGUACAUCAGAUAUGUAUAGGUAGUGAUAUAAUGUAUUAUAUCAGGCAGGGAGUGUGCUGCCUUUUUAGGUUAACUGCAUUAUAAUGAUAGGUUGUGUAGUGUACCACUGCCAUCUAGUGGCAGAAGUUAAUAUCUGCUUUACUUACACAGAUAGUUUAUACAGACAGGAAGUGACCUUUGUUCCAGGAAGCUCUUACACCAUCUUGAGGUCAUUCUUCCACUGGGCAGGCAGCAUGUACCUAUCUCUCCCAUGAGGUUUGGGACAUCAUCACCUUUUCACAGACUAAAAUAAAGUUGGAGUCCUCUGGUGGACAAUACAAGCAUGGGCUUCUGUUUACUGGAGUCUCUAACAAGUGUUUAGCUGUCCGUUUAGAACCACACAUAGUCAGUGUUUUGAGAGCGGAACAAU